UGGUUUAAGGCUUAAAAAGGCACCCAAACUUCGCUGUGGGGCAUAAUAAACUAGCUCCUGUAGUUUCAUUGACUUAAACCAUUUUUUUUAACCUUUUUACUUCAUAAAAAUGUCGGUUAUUUGUGUCGCUCUGUCCCGGAAUGUCUUGUCUGCGAGGAACUCUGGCAUGACGCUGAUGGUACGUCACGCCCAGACGGCGGCGGCCCCGGCUCCUGAGCCCAGGAUCAAGAAGUUCCAGAUCUACCGCUGGGAUCCGGACACAGCCGGGGACAAGCCCAGGAUGCAGACGUAUGAACUGGACCUCAACACCUGUGGUCCCAUGGUCCUGGACGCUCUCAUCAAGAUCAAGAACGAGCUUGACCCCACGCUGACCUUCCGACGUUCCUGUCGCGAGGGGAUUUGUGGCUCCUGUGCCAUGAACAUCAACGGCGGCAACACUCUGGCGUGCCUCAACAAGAUCGACGGCAACGCCAGCAAGGCCACCAAGAUCUACCCGCUCCCACACAUGUACGUGGUCAAGGACCUGGUGCCUGAUAUGAGCAACUUCUACGCACAGUACAAGUCCAUCGAGCCCUACCUGAAGAAGAAGGACGAGUCCAAAGAGGGGAAGGACCAGUAUUACCAGUCUGUGGAGGACAGACAAAAGCUGGACGGCUUGUACGAGUGCAUCCUGUGUGCUUGCUGCAGCACCAGCUGUCCCAGUUACUGGUGGAAUGGUGACAAAUACCUGGGACCUGCUGUUCUCAUGCAGGCGUACCGCUGGAUGAUCGACUCCCGGGACGAGUUCACAGAGGAGCGUCUGUCUAAGCUGCAGGACCCCUUCUCCCUCUACCGCUGCCACACCAUCAUGAACUGCACCAAGACCUGCCCCAAGGGACUCAAUCCGGGGAAGGCCAUCGCAGAGAUCAAGAAAAUGAUGGCCACUUACAAGGAGAAGAAAGCUGCGGUGUCGUGAGAGCCGGACCAAAACCGAAGCACUUCUUUUAUCUUUGCCAGAUUCAUUUUCACAUCUCGGGGGCCGAGAUCAAAGCUGCAGGGCCAACUUUCAACCUCUCCUGUCAAAUAAUAAUAACACAUCAUCCAAAAGCCUCCAUGAUAGCGAAGGAUAACCCACACAAGAUGGCGGAAGUAGCUUAGUGCAGAUGCCUCCAAAGUCUGGGGUCAUAGUGGAGCAUGGAUUUUUCAUUAGCUCUCUACACCAAUCGACAUAAGUUUGGCUUGCACUACACGUCAUUUGUGUCCGCGUGUGAUGAAAUAUAACCACAUUUUCACAGUAGGUACCUCAAUUUUUUCAUUUAGGGUAGUGUAAAACACCGCAGACUGCUCGGCAGUUGAUCACAUUUAGACAAACCAUUUACUCUACACUCCAUCAUAUCUAUGGACAAUUUAAUUCAAGCCAGUGCCUCUCAAUUAUUUCCUGAAGAAGAAAACAUUUUGCCCCUCCCCCCACUCUCUGCCCCGACUAUAAACAGUAUAAUUUGUCUAUGAAAUGGUUAUAAGUACACCUCUGCUUAACAUUGUAUCCUUUUUAACAUCAAAUUUAAUCAAAGAAUAACUUUAUUAAUACUGUUUUUUUUUUAAUUCAAAGUGCAACAAUUGGCCUGAAAUUAUACAACCUAUAAUUUACAUUUUUUUAAAUUUUUCGACCAACUUUGAAAACAGAAAAAUAAAAUGAAAUGAACUCAAUAAAUACUACAUUCAAAUUAAUUAGCAACAUAACCCCAGGAGCACAUUAUAUUAAACACUUAAAUCUAAAAUAGAACAAUUUGCUGAUUUUUAAUAAUCAAAAUGAGGAAGUCCGGAUUAAUGGCGGCGGGGAGCACGUUUUGUAGUGCACAGCUUUUCGAAGCGGGGUUUGAAGGAUUCUACCGCAUGAUACUGAUGAAGCAUGUUCCCCAGGAGCUUUGAGAAGAACUGAAUGAACCUAUCAUGCAAAUCCAAACCAGCAAAGGUACCGGUACACACAAACUCCACACAAAAACUGGAACAGUUCUACCAUAUAAGUAAACGUAAUUAUGCUGUAAAUAAUUACAUCAUAUAUGUACUCAUUAAAUGUGUUCUGUCAUUACUCUACUAUAUUUAUGUUUCCUUAUUUUGGUCACAACAAAAAAUUGAAUAGUAUACAUUAAUAGCCCACAACCUAUGUAACCUAACUCAGUGUUUUUCAACCUUUUUUGAGCCAAGGCACAUUUUUUGCGUUGAAAAAAUCCGGAGGCACACCACCAGUAGAAAUCACAAAAAAACGAAACUCAGUUGACAGUAAAAACUCAUUGUCGCAAUUGUUGGACAUGACUUUAAACCAUAACCAACCAUGCAUCACUAUAGCUCUUGUCUCAAAGUAGGUGUACUGUCACCACCUGUCACAUCACGCCCUGACUUAUUUGGAGUUUUUUGCGGUUUUCCUGUGUGUAGUGUUUUAGUUCUUGUCUUGCGCUCCUAUUUUGGUGGCUUUUCCUCUUUUUUUGAUAUUUUCCUGUAGCAGUUUCAUGUUUUCCUUUGAGCGAUGUUUCCCGCAUCUACUUUGUUUUAGCAAUCAAGAAUAUUUCAGUUGUUUUUAUCCUUCUUUGUGGGUACAUUGUUGAUUGUCAUGUCAUGUUUGGAUGUACAUUGUGGACGCCGUCUUUGCGCCACAUUAAGUCUUUGCUCCACAGUAAGUCUUUGCUCCACAGUAAGUCUUUGCUCCACAGUAAGUCUUUGCUGUCGUCCAGCAUUCUGUUUUUGUUUACUUUGUAGCCAGUUCAGUUUUAGUUUCGUUUUGCAUAGCCUUCCCUAAGCUUCAAUGCCUUUUCUCAGGGGCACUCACCUUUUGUUUAUUUUUGGUUUAAGCAUUAGACACCUUUUUACCUGCACACUGCCUCUCUGUUUCUGACAUCUACAAAGCAAUUAGCUACCUGCUGCCACCUACUGGUAUGGAAGAGUAUUACACGGUUACUCUGCCGAGCUCUAGACAGCACCGACACUCAACAACAACACAUCAUUUGCAAACUAUAAUUACUGGUUUGCAAAAAAUAUUUUUAACCCAAAUAGGUGAAUUUAGAUAAUCUCCCACGGCACACCAGACUGUAUCUCACAGCACACUAGUGUGCCGCGGCACAGUGGUUGAAAAACACUGACCUGAUUUACUUUGGUACAUUUUAUGUAGUAAUGAAACAUGUUAUACAAAUAUUAACAAUAUAUAUUUUUUUAAUUAAGCACUUUCAAUACAUUUCAAUAUUUUCAAGUAUCCACCAAUCGUCUGUAUACAAAUAGAUCAUACAAAAAAAUGGGCUAAUCCAUUCAUCCAUCCAUCCAUUUCUACCGCCUGUCCCUUCCGGGGUCGCAGGGGGUGCUAAUCAGUGUAAAUACCUCCAUUAAGUGCAAUAUUUUAAGGGCUUUUCUAUUGUAACUAUUAUCCAAGAGCUAAUUAAAUAAAUUAACUAAUUGUGCUAUUGUGCUAACACGCAUUUUUGGUUACCGUAAACC